AUGAUGUUUUUCAAGUCCUUGGCCGUUGUUUCGCUAGCCCUUUGGGCUAAGCAGGCAUCCGCGGCCUUCGGAAUUACUACUAGCAGUGCUUCCUAUGUAAUUGAUGCCGGCUCUUCAAACCCCCUGAAGUUUACUGUCAGCCGGACAAACUGCGACAUUACUUCAAUCAAUUACUAUGGAUCUGAGCUUCAAUACAAGUCGACUGCAUCGCAUAUCGGAUCGGGUCUUGGUAGCGCAACUGUGACUGCGAGUCAGAGCGGCGAUUAUAUUAAGGUGACAUGUGAAACAUCCACCUUGACACAUUACUAUGUUGUCCAUAAUGGAGAUUCAACUAUUCAUAUGGCAACAUACACAACUGCAGAGCCGAGUAUUGGAGAACUUCGUUACAUCGCGCGCCUGAAUGCAGACCUACUCCCCAACGAAGAGCCAUUUGGCGUUGUCUCCAAUAUUGGAGGUGGUAGUGUUGUUGAGGGAGAGGAUGUGUUCUUGGUUAGUGGCCAAACGCGAAGCAAGUUCUAUUCCAGCGAACGGUUUAUUGAUGACAAAAUCCACUGUGUCUCUGGAAGCGCACACCGCGUGUGUAUGAUCUUAAACCAAUACGAGACAUCCGCUGGCGGACCUUUCCAUCGUGAUAUCAAUACGAACAAUGUUGGCUCUUACACCGGCCUAUAUUGGUACAUGAACUCCGGACACGUUCAAACCGAGACCUAUCGCCAGGGCCUGCACGGUCCAUACUCGAUGACCUUCAGCCGGAGCGGUACCCCCAGCUCCAACAUUGACACAUCGUUCUUUGCCGACCUCGAUAUCAAAGGAUACGUCCCCACGUCUGGGAGAGGCUAUGUUAAGGGAACUGCAUCUGGGGCUGACUCUGCUUUCAAAUGGGUCAUUCAUUGGUAUAAUUCUGCCGCACAGUACUGGACCUACGCUUCGUCUUCUGGGGGAUUCACCUCCCCCGCCAUGAAGCCCGGCACCUACACCAUGGUAUAUUAUCAGGGCGAAUAUGCUGUUGCUAGCUCUUCGGUGACAGUUACCGCCGGAUCAACCACUUCGAAGAGUAUCUCCGGGUCUGUGAAAACCGGAAAAACAGUCUUUAAGAUUGGAGAUUGGGAUGGCACACCAAACGGCUUCCUCAACGCGGAUAAACAGCUCCGCAUGCAUCCCUCAGACACCCGCAUGUCUUCCUGGUCUCCAUCUACCUACACAGUCGGCACUUCUAAGGUCUCUUCUUUCCCCAUGGCUCUCUUCAAAUCCGUGAACUCCCCUUUGACAAUCAAAUUUACGGCAUCUUCUUCGCAGACCGGAGCUGCCACGCUGAGAAUUGGCACCACUCUUUCCUUUGCGUCUGGCCGGCCCCAGGUUGUGGUCAACAAUUAUGCCGGCUCCAUCCCGGCUGCCCCGACUAACCUUAACUCGCGUGGCGUGACUCGCGGCGCGUAUAGAGGUUUUGGCGAGGUCUACGAUGUUUCAAUUCCGGCUGGAACUAUCGUUGCGGGAACUAACACUAUCACGAUCAGUGUUGCUUCUGGUAGCUCUGGAGAGACUUACCUGAGUCCCAACUUUGUAACUAUCUUCCUGCUUAUCUUCUCCUUUGGCUGGAAGCUGACUUAUGCCGAUAGAUUUUCGAUUGCGUGGAGCUCUUCCAGUAAACAUUUGGGGCAAAUGGCCGAGUUUCAGGAAGCAGCGGAGCAGCAGAACAGGAGUUUUCGAAGUAGUAAGAGUGCGGAUGGCUUUCACUUGUCUGAUGUCACUUAA